UCACCUGCUCCCAGCCGGAUUUAAACUGCUUCGUAAGAAAUAGUACCUGCAUGGAAAUGAGCUGGCUGCAAGUUUCAACGUGGACGCCCUCUGCUCCGAGUAGUCUUCAUGUCUCUUCUGGUGUUUUCCAUCAGAUGGAUGGAAAACUCCUCCCAGUGCUUCGGAUAGAGUGGAAGGUGGCCACUGAUGCCAGCAUCCAGUUUCUCCGGGGGGCAGAGCUGGCCGUGAUGCAGGUGAACAGCAAUCAACAAAUCUGCGCCCAGUUUGAUUUUCAGAACAACUUGAUGCUUCAGGUCCGUCCGGACGGAGGCCGGUGGAACUUCAGUUUUGACCGCUUUGAAGUGGAACCUGGCCAGACUUACCACGUGACUGUCUACCACCUGCCCAAACUGGGUACACAUGGAGACUACAACUGCAAGUCCAUGCCUUUCACGAUGCCUGACUGCAAGGACUCUCUGAUGAAAAGAACUGUUCCGUGUAUAAAUACAGGCAGCCUGUGGGAGCCCAGGAUCCAAGGUAAAAGUCUAGAUGACGCCACUCUGCUCGUGAGCUUUAACCCGUGGACGGAGUCUGCCCAAUAUCAAAUCCAUGUGGCCAGUUUCCUGAAUGAGAAGAAAUGUAAAAUGGUCACGCAUAAUUUCUCUGAGGGUGGACUGCAGCGGCAGGUGAACGUUACAAUCAAAAUAGAGAGGAACAUAAGAGCCUGCUGCAACUACAAUAUUCAGAUUCAGCCAUUCUUUGUGAACUGCGGCACAGACUGCAUGAGACAUUCUGCUGUCAUCCCAUGUGCACCAGCUCCAAGUCCAGACCCGUCAGGUGAUAUGAUUAUAUGGUUAUACUGGUGCAUCACUGGGAUCUGUGUGUUACUGGUCGGAUCGGUUAUAACAGCUGUCAUUUGUAUGACCAAAAAGCGAGCAGGACGCCUGCGAGGGAAAGGCGGCCACAGUGACUGGCAGACGGAGGUGCUGUCUCCAGACCUUCCUCUGCCACCAUUGAAGCCCCGGAAAGUUUGGAUCGUGUACUCCGCCGAUCACCUGCUCUACGUGGAUGUGGUGCUGAAGUUUGCCGAGUUCCUGAUGACCGUCUGCGGCACUGCAGUGGCCUUAGAUCUGCUGGAAGAUCAUCAGAUCUCGGAGCUAGGGGCUUUACCUUGGCUCACUCGACAAAAGAAGGAGAUGGAAGACCUCUCUUCAAAGAUUAUCAUCUUGUGCUCACGGGGCACCCAGGCCAAAUGGCAGGCCAUGCUUGGGAGCGAGCCUGUGCGUCUCCGGCAAGAUCAGCAAAAGCCAACUGGAGACCUCUUCACCCCUGCCUUGAAUUUGAUCCUGCCCGAUUUCAAGAAGCCAGCCUGUUUUGGGAUGUAUAUCAUCUGCUAUUUUGAAGGGAUAAGUAGUGAGAAGGAUAUACCCGAUCUAUUUAAUGUCACUUCCAGGUACCAACUGAUGGACAAGUUUGAGGAUAUUUUUUUUCGGAUUCAGGACCUGGAGAAAUUUGAACCGGGACGUAUACACCGAAUCCAGGAAAUCACAGCAGACAAUUACGUGGAUACCCCUAGUGGAUGGAAGCUGAAAGAGGCCGUGCAAAAGUUCCAGGAGUGGCAGGCAGAGCACCCAGACUGGUUUGAGACGGAAAGCAUCUGCGUGGAGAACGACGAGGAGCCUCAGUGCGUGAGCAGAGACAGUGCUGUGGGCUCGUUCCUGAGCGAGCAGGGGGGCAUCGUGAAACAUCAGCUGCACCUCAGGGAGCCUGAGCCCAAUUGCUGUUACGUUGUCGACCUUCACAUGCAGGAGAGCGAGAACAAAGGUUGCAAACUGCAGCCUCAGCUGAAUCUGUCUGGGGAUGCAGCUUCUCAGACUAUGGUCAUUCCUAUGGAUGAGGCCCCUCUGGUUCAGGUAGUGGAGCCGGUGUCUCCCAUGGAAGAUAAAAGUGUGCUUGGGCAUCAUGUGCUGACUAAUGAGGACUGUGUGGAAGGAGUCCCUCUUUUGGGAACAAGUUUUCCACUGAGAAAUGAAGUCAUCCUCCAUGACGACUGCGAAGCUUCUGCAAUAGGUGAUAGUCCUGCAAACCUCUCAGGUGAGCUGAGACUCCAGCUGAAUGGACUCAUGUCUUCUCUUUAUCAGCAGAGCGUUCUGCCCUCAGAACCAUCCUGCUGUCAAGAGGAAGCUGACAAGCAACAUCAGUUGGUCUUAGAUGACCAAUGCAAAGAGCAAAGACAAUCAGUGCAGUCAGACCAGGGCUACAUCUCUAGAUGUUCUCCUUUGCCUCCUGAUGAUCUUGUGGAGGAGGAGGAGGAGGAAGAAGAGGAAGAGGAGGAAGAAGAUCCAGAGAAACAAGUGCUCUUUCAUGGACUCUCUCCAGAGGACUUGAAUAGUCUAAAGAGUCUCCAGCAGAGAUUGUUUUUCCAGGACAUUCAACGGAGCCAUGACUGGAGGUAUCCAGCUGAGGUGAUGGACUUGAGCCAGUCUCCGAAGGAUUGUUAGGCUCCAUUUGGAACAUGUUGCACCUGAAACACAGGGAUGGAAGGAGGUACCCUGCACAGCACAAAACAGCAUCUUGGAUACCUUCCUUGUCCCCGUGUGACAAACAGCUUGUGGUGGGAGCUUCUUGUUGGCUGUCAGGAGGCAGAUAGAGUGCUGCUGCUUGCAGCCUGUGCACGGAGGGAGGCAACAGGAGCAUCAGCCACUGCUGUGAAGGAGCACAUAGGGAUUUGGUUCCUCUGGAAAAUGUGUUACAUGGGACCUUCAGUGACUGAUUGCAGAAAAGUCACUGUGGUUCAUCUGUGCCUUUGGAUUUCCCACCAAAGUCCUUGAUUUGUUGCACUGGACAGAAGUUGAGGCCAGAAAUCAGAUUUGAGUAGCUUAGCUAACUUUACAUUGCCAGUUUAAUGCAUCUUUUAAAUGUUUUCCUGUAAAUACUGUGUUAACCAUGUGUGCCUUAAAUUUCAGCUAGGAUAGGGCCGUCCCUGCCCAGGCGAUUUCUCAUUUUGCCAUUUGGGGACACGUUUGUACCUCUGCAGCCGUUUAGGAAUCGGGUGAAGUACCUGAGUGAUGAGCGGGACCAACUUUUAAACUAAGGAGACAAAGCAGCCUCCUCGUAACUCCCCACACCUGCUGGUUGAAACCAGCAGUAGGGGGGCAAGGGACCCCUUAAGUAUGCUGGAAACUUAACCAGAAAAUGGAAUCUAGAUUUGUUGUUGACUUGCUGAACUUGCCUGAAUCAGGGGCGUUUGGCAGAUUCUGUCACGCCUCGUCGUGAUGCUGUUUGCUUUGGGCCAUCUUGGUACCCGGAGAGCUUGGAGAUGCAAAUAGUGGUGGCCAGCUAAGGAAAUGAGAGGCCAUUGGGGA